AUCUUUAUUUUUUGAGUUAGAGAUUAGCUCAAAGAGAGAUGAAGUUUGAAGUUGAAAUACUCUCCAAAGAGAUUAUUAAACCAUGCUACCCCACUCCCAGCCACCUUCGCAAUUACCAACUCUCCUUCCUAGACCAACUACAUGGCCAUAAUCACAUAUCUUUUGUUAUGUUCUUUCCACACAAUUCUGAAAGCCAAAAUGUUACUGAAAUAUCCCACAAGCUUAAGAAAUCCUUAUCCCAUGUCUUAAGCCGGUAUUAUCCAUUAGCCGGACGACUAAAAGAUGAUCUAUUUGUCAAUUGCAACGACGAGGGCAUCCCUUUUUUGGAAGCACAAGUCAAUUGUGAGCUGUCGGAUGUUGUUCAAAAUCCAGAUCCCCAUGAUCUCCACAAGUUCAUUCCUUUUGAGCUAGAUGACAAAGUUGAUAUACUACUUGGCAUCCAACUCAAUAUCUUCAGCUGUGGCGGGGUAGUAAUUGGUUCUCGUUUUAGUCACAAAAUUGAGGACGCUUUAUCAACUUUGAUGUUCCUCAAAUUCUGGGCAGCUGCUACUCGUGGAGGCGAUGAUGAGGACUCGAAUGCGGUUUCACCACAGUUUGUAUCUGCCACACAUUUUCCACCAAAGGAUGUUGAACAAGUCGUUGACGAUCCAAAAGUCAAUUUCUUGAUGAAGAAUGUCAUAACAAAAAGGUUUGUGUUUGAAUCAUCUAAACUAGAGGCUCUUAAAGAAAAAUUUAGGGACAAAACUAGAAUCCCUUCACGUGUGGAGGCCUUGUCUGCUUUCAUAUAUGCUCGGGUAUUUGUUAAAGCUUUAGAUGAAAUCAAUUAUGAAGAUAAGGAUAGUUAUGAUGGAAUUGCGAGGCAAGCGAUGAGAGAGCUAAUGAUUAAUGGCAGUGGCAAAGAGCACGUGAAGAAUCUGCAAGAGGGUGUUGAUCAAGGGUUGAGUUUCUUAAAAGAACAUGCUGUGGAAUUCGCCAAAGGAGACGUAGUUCCUCUUAACUUCACAAGUUUUUGUAGAUUUUCUCUGUAUCAGGAUUUUGGUUGGGGAAAGCCAUCUUGGGUAGGGAAAGUUCCUCUACCGUUCAAGAAUUUUAUUGUUUUCAUGGACACUAAAACGUGUGAUGGAAUCGAAGUUUAUAUUGACUUGGAGAAAGAUGAUAUGGCAAGGCUUGAAAUCGACGAUGAGUUCCUUUCAUUUGUCUCAAGUACUUAGCAAGGGGAAAAAAAAGUGAGGCUUUUCUUUAGUUUUUGUUAUCAGUAGAUGGUUGAAUUCUAAAGAAAACACGUGACAUUAAAGUAUGUUCUUCUUUUCUUUUUUUUAAAAAAUGAUAGUUGUGCGUCACAUGUGAUGCAAAAAGGGAAUUAUCAUAUAGCUCAUUAAUUUAUUGAAAUUUUAUGAAAAAUAUCAUUAGUUUGUAAUUC